GCCGCGCUCCCGGCCGGCGGCGGCGGCAGCGGCGGUGGCGGCGGCAGAGGAAGUUCCCGCUUUGCCUCCACCCCGGUAGCAGCUUGGCGGUCGGGGACAGCUUCCUCCGGACGCUCUGCGGGCUCUGCUGCCGCCGCACGUCUGUCACAGGACCAUGGGGUUGCCGAAGGGGCCGGAGGGCCAGGGUCUCCCGGAGGUAGAAACAAGGGAAGAUGAAGAACAAAAUGUCAAGCUAACUGAAAUUCUGGAACUCUUGGUUGCAGCUGGGUAUUUCAGGGCGAGAAUUAAAGGCUUGUCACCUUUUGACAAGGUAGUAGGAGGAAUGACUUGGUGCAUCACCACUUGCAACUUUGACAUAGACGUUGAUUUGCUCUUUCAGGAAAACUCUACAAUAGGUCAAAAAAUAGCACUAUCAGAAAAAAUCGUCUCAGUCCUGCCAAGGAUGAAGUGUCCACACCAGCUGGAGCCCCACCAGAUCCAGGGCAUGGAUUUUAUUCACAUAUUUCCUGUUGUUCAGUGGCUGGUGAAGCGAGCUAUAGAAACAAAGGAAGAAAUGGGUGACUACAUCCGCUCCUACUCCAUUUCCCAGUUCCAAAAAACCUACAGUCUCCCCGAGGAUGACGACUUUGUAAAAAGAAAAGAAAAGGCCAUCAAGACAGUUGUUGACCUUUCAGAUGUUUACAAGCCCCGUCGGAAAUACAGACGCCAACAGGGAGCAGGAGAGCUGCUGGAUGAAGAAUCUCGAGUCCAUGCUACGCUUUUGGAAUAUGGCAGGGUAGCUGACUCCUUGACGAGAUAUGGAUUUAGCCGCCAGAGCAAAACAGAGAAGGCCGAGGACAAGAAAACGACACUCCCUGCGGGGCUCUCGGCUGCAGAAAGAGCCGAUGCUCAGGAAGAAGAUGAGCUUCAAGCUGUGGAAGAGCAGCGAAUUCAGUCACUGAUGACCAAGAUGACCGCCAUGGCGAAUGAAGAGAGCCGUCUCACCGCAAGCUCCGUGGGCCAGAUCGUGGGACUCUGCUCCGCAGAGAUCAAGCAGAUUGUGUCCGAGUACGCGGAGAAGCAGUCUGAGUUGUCAGCAGAAGAAAGUCCAGAAAAAUUAGGAACCUCCCAGCUACAUCGUCGGAAAGUCAUUUCCUUGAACAAGCAGAUUCUGCAGAAGACCAAACAUCUGGAAGAGCUGCAGGCAAGUCACACCAGCCUACAAGCCAGAUAUGAUGAAACCAAGAAAACUCUGACAGAGUUGAAGAGCUACAGUGAGAGACUGGACAAGGAGCAAGCAGCCCUGGAGAAGAUAGAAUCGAAAGCUGAUCCAAACAUGCUGCAGAACCUGAGAGCACUUGUAGCCAUGAAUGAAAACCUGAAAAGUCAGGAACAGGAGUUUAAAGCACAUUGUCGAGAGGAGAUGACACGGCUGCAGCAGGAAAUCGAAAACCUGAAAGCCGAGAGAGUGCCAGCUGGAGAUGAAAAGACCCUGUCUUCUGGAGAUCCACAUGGUGCCCUAACCCCUGUGAUGACUCAUAAUGAAGACCUAGACAAACGGUAUAAUAUGGAGAAAGAGAAACUUUACAAGAUCCGUUUACUACAGGCUCGAAGAAAUCGAGAAAUAGCGAUUUUGCAUCGCAAGAUUGAUGAAGUUCCUAGCCGAGCCGAGCUAAUACAGUAUCAGAAGAGAUUUAUUGAACUCUACCGCCAGAUUUCGGCUGUGCACAAAGAAACCAAGCAGUUCUUCACUUUAUAUAACACCCUGGAUGAUAAAAAGGUUUAUUUGGAAAAAGAGAUUAGCCUGCUGAACUCAAUUCAUGAGAACUUCUCCCAAGCCAUGGCCUCCCCUGCUACCCGGGACCAGUUUUUACGUCAGAUGGAACAGAUCGUAGAAGGAAUUAAGCAAAGUAGAAUGAAGAUGGAAAAGAAAAAGCAAGAGAACAAAAUGAGAAGAGACCAGUUGAAUGACCAGUACUUGGAACUGUUAGAAAAACAAAGGCUGUACUUCAAGACUGUGAAAGAGUUCAAGGAGGAGGGCCGCAAGAAUGAGGUGCUGCUGUCCAAGGCUGGUGAAGUGGUUCCAAACACUACAGUAGAGAGAUGCACCUCAACGCUCUGGGUACUUCCUUCCUCCCAUUUGCUUCCGUUUCAUCUCUCUGAUGCCGAUGGAAUCAGACAGUGUGCACCUGACGGCUUGGAUAAUGCCCGUCGUCCUAUGAAGAAAUGUGGGCAGUAUUUGUUCUGUGUCGGUUCAACUUUUGUUUCUCCAGUAACAUUGCACAUAUGAAGGUACCUGUAUCUGUAUGGACUCUCUGAAUAAAAAGGAAUUCGUUUGUUCAGCAAA